CUAGAGCACUUUGUGAGAUCACUCCAGUUUGCUGUUUUUCCUUUUUCCAUCUCUGCGUGCGUGUGUGUGUAUCUCUCUUCCUCUCUCUCUUUCUGUCUCUCCCCCCACACACCCUGAUUCCCCCUGAUCCCCCCUCCUUACACACAUACACACAUACAUAGAAGCUGGGCUUGCUAAUAUGAACUUGAAGACUUGCAAUGCCAAAAUGCAUGUGGUACCUUGGGAUGCACUGGGAUCAGGAUUCUUGAAAAGCCUGCAGGCUGCUUAGUCCUCCAAGACCUGUUUUUUGUUUUUUGUUUUUUAACCAGACGAGAAAAAGAACAAGUUAUCACUUUUUCCCCCCCUUUCUUAAUUUUUUUUCAUUGCUUUGGAUAUUACUGAAUAAGGAGUCUCAGGGAUUCAUUCACUUGGACUUCUCUGAAUCAGGUUCCAUCUGCCAACAAUUCUAGUCUGCAUUUUGCUUUAGCUGGAAAUGAACCCAGGAUUUUUCUGAUUAUAUCUCCUUUCGAAAAAAAAAAAAAAAAGAUGCAUGGCAUAGAAAGAAGGUCUAAGUGCCUGUCUGACAUUAUUUUACCAAACCAGGGAUAAAUGUUACUUCUCAAAGGAUGUGAAACAAUGACAUGCAGCUAUGAACAUUGUUUGAUUUAUUGCUGCUUGACUUACCAAAACUCCCCAGACACUUACAUUUAUGGAUUUAUUAUUAACCUUUCUUGGAUAAAAGAUAAGAACGAAUAAGGCACCGCUGUGGGAUUUACCAUGGAAAAAUUGCUCUGCGGCAUCCUGGUGUUUGGAAUGGCUGUCGUGGUCAAUGCUUGUCCCAAAUAUUGCGUUUGUCAGAACCUGUCUGAGUCACUGGGGACUCUUUGUCCCUCCAAAGGCCUCCUAUUUGUACCACUAGACAUAGACCGGAGGACUGUUGAACUUCGACUUGGGGGCAACUUCAUUAUUAACAUCAGUCGACUGGACUUUGCCAAUAUGUCUGGUCUUGUUGACCUCACUUUGUCCAGGAAUACCAUCAGUUACAUACAGCCCUAUGCCUUUGCUGACUUAGAGAGCCUACGAUCUUUGCACCUAGACAGCAAUAGACUGCCCAGUAUUGGAGAGGAUAUUUUGAGAGGUUUAAUUAACCUUCAGCACUUGAUUUUAAACAACAAUCAACUGAGCCGCAUCUCAGAUGAAGCUUUUGAGGAUUUUUUGCUUACACUGGAGGACUUGGACCUUUCCUACAAUAACCUCCGAAGCAUCCCUUGGGAAUCUAUAAGAAAGAUGGUAAACCUGCACCAGCUUAGUUUGGACCAUAACCUGAUAGAUUAUAUUACAGAAGGGACGUUUGCAGAUCUUCAGAAAUUGGCCAGACUGGAUCUAACCUCCAACAGACUUCAGAAACUUCCCCCUGAUCCCAUAUUUGCCAGGUCCCAAGUAAUUCCAUUAGCAGCAACUCCAUUUUCUCCACCUCUGUCUCUCAGCUUUGGGGGCAAUCCGCUGCAUUGUAAUUGCGAGCUGCUGUGGUUAAGGAGGCUAGACAGAGAUGAUGAUAUGGAAACUUGUGCUUCUCCUCCCGGUCUAAAGGGAAGAUACUUCUGGUAUGUAAGGGAAGAGGAAUUUAUUUGUGAGCCACCUCUUAUUACCCAGCAUACUCACAAGCUGCUGGUUUUAGAAGGGCAGACAGCCACGUUAAAGUGUAAAGCCAUUGGGGACCCAAACCCAGUCAUUCACUGGGUGGCUCCAGAUGACCGACUCAUUGGGAAUUCCUCAAGGACGGCUGUCUAUGACAAUGGCACCUUGGAUAUCCUUAUUACCACAUCCAAGGAUUAUGGAACUUUCACAUGCAUUGCAGCCAACGCUGCUGGAGAGUCGACUGCCACCAUCGAGCUCUCAAUUGUUCAGCUCCCCCACCUUAGCAACGGUACUGGCCGAGCAGCCCCACCCAAAUCCAGGCUUUCUGACAUCACCAGCUCCAGCAAGUCAAAUCGAGGAGAGACUAAAGUUCCACCAGAAAGGACUGUUUUGGUGUCAGAUGUGACAACUACCUCAGCUUUGGUUAAGUGGACGGUGAGCAAGUCAGCCCCAAGGGUUAAAAUGUAUCAGCUGCAAUAUAACUGCUCUGAUGAUGAAGUUCUAAUCUACAGGAUGAUCCCUGCUACAAACAAAGCCUUUGUGGUGAACAAUCUUGUUUCGGGAACAAACUAUGACCUCUGUGUCUUAGCCAUGUGGGAUGACACUGCCACGACCCUCACUGCUACCAACAUUGUGGGAUGUGCCCAGUUCUUCACCAAAGAGGACUAUCCUCAGUGCCAAUCCAUGCACAGCCAUUUUCUGGGGGGGACAAUGAUCUUGGUCAUAGGAGGCAUAAUUGUGGCAACUUUGCUGGUGUUUAUUGUCAUACUCAUGGUCCGGUACAAGGUUUGCAACAAUUCCCAGGGGAAGAUGGCCAAUGUCAGCAAUGUCUACUCGCAAACGAAUGGAGCACAACCUGUUCAAAAUGGGGUCCUGCCCCAAGUCAACCCAAAAGUGGUGGUGAGAAAUGAACUCAUGGAAUUUAACUGUGAGUCUGCACGAAGCAGCAUUUCCUCUUCGUCUAGUUCUGUGAAUAGCCGCGACUGUGAUGACUAUAGCCUUCAAAGUGAACAGGGCACAUUGUCCAGUAAGUGGAGGCCCCCUUCUAGGUCAAAACACAACAUUGACCGGCUAAUGGGAGCUUUUGCCUCCCUGGAACUGAAGUGUCAGAAAAAGGAGGAUACGAUAGACUCCAGAACUUCCACAGUGGCCCACCAUUCGGACAGAGAGCCACUUCUGGGCCAGCAUGAGUCCAAAUUCCGUAGCCUCCUCACGUUACCUCUGGAGGGUAAAACUAAACGUAGCCAUUCUUUUGACAUGGGGGACUUUGCCACAUCCCAGUGUUGCACCUACCCAAGAAGGAUCACAAACAUUUGGACAAAGCGAAGCCUCUCGGUCAACGGCAUGCUUUUGCAGUAUGAUGACAAUGACCUACCAGGGGCAAAAGGGACUUAUGGGAGCUCAGAAUGGGUAAUGGAAAGCACAGUGUAAAUAAGAGCUUCUUCCCCUCUCUUCUUACUGCAAGUGUAAUAAGGUUUGGUUUUGUUGAAAGGCCAUAAAUAUGAAAAGGGGAGGAAAAAAACAUUCUCGACCUCAUUGGCCAAAAAUACAAUAAAAUAAAUAAAAUAAAAGAAGAAAGGAAAAAAAGAAAAUAGGCAAAUAAAAUGGGAUAAUAGAGGAAAAAGAUAAUGAAAUGCUAAUAAGCAUGUAUGGUGUCACUAAUGUCUGGCUCUGAAAAAAAACGUGUGAAUACUUCAAGGAAUUUACUAGUUGUAUUUAGCAUUGCUUUCCAAAAGUUUCCUGGCCUCUCAGUGAACCAUCAAACAAGAUUAUCGUAAAUGAAGUUUAAAGUGGGUAUAGCAGCAUAUAUGUGAUUCAAAGUUGUUGGGUUUUUUUCCCCCUUUCCUUUUUGGUAACUUGAGAAAGAUACUCCCAUGGAUAGAAGACUAAUGCAAGAUUGUUACCUUCUGUCAUUGCAAGUGUUUCUUGCCGCAAAACUACAGUCAGGUCAUCCAUAGGACAAAAAACAGAUUCACUUUUUGGCUUAAUCUCUUGGUGUUAACAGCUACAUAUGAAGAAUUUUCUUUUUUGUUCUUGGGUUAGGAAUUUUUCUUGUUUGUUCUUGUUAUUUUUUCAGGAGAAAUGGUGUUUCCUUUCUUUUUUUCUUUUAGUUUUUAUUCUCUCAAGUCCCUCUGUUAUAACCAGGGAUGCGUACAAAGAUCAAACUUUUGAUGUAAUGUAUAGCCCACCUCCAAAACCUUCCCUUAUGUCCAAGGAAAAUAAAAUCUAGGGGUUAAUAUAUAUUUUUUUUAAUAAUCAUUUUUUCUUCCAUCUCCCUCACAGUUUCUGCUUGUCAGUGCACAAGGCAGAUUUCAGUGGUUGCUGGUAUCUGUGAGGGUUUUGCUGUCAGAGACUGGGGAAAAAAGUCAAGAUUUCAUAUCAAAAGAAAGAGAGAGGAAAAACUUAAGCUGCUCUGGUGAACUCUCCACAUUAUUAAUACAAAUUGCUUCUGGCAAAAGUUAUUUUAUCUCUCUCUCUGUUCAACUGACAAAGAAAAUGCAGACUUUCACUAUAUUGUGACAAAAAGCUCUCUAUUGCCACAACAGGGCAUGAUGAUAUCAAUAAUAUCACAGGAAGUGCAGGUUUCUGACCAUUUCGGGAGAUUAAUAUAGUAUAAUGGUUAUGUUUUGAAUUAGCCACGGAAAAUCAACUAUAUUUGGAUGUUUUUUGAAUGGGUGGGCUCCCAAGUGUCACCUGCAUCCUGCCCUUCCUCUAUUCCGUAAACAUGUUCAAAUUUGUUUCUCUCUCUUGCUAUGGUACCUUUUAAGAACAGCAGUUCUUUGUGGCUUUAAAACUGAUUUUCAAGUUCCUUUUUGGAGAACAUUGCCACGGUUCUGGGAAUGCUGUGGAUACGCAUGGUUUGUCCACUUGAUUACACUCUCCUCAGUGACUUGACUGUGAUUUCCAGCAUUUUGGCAGCUACAGCAAUUGUGUUUGAUUUAAUUUGUUUACUUAUUUAUUUGUUCCCAAUGAUCUGGCUGCUGGAAAAUGUCAAACAAUUAUUUUGUAAAAGAUGUAGGGAGACAGGUUGUAUGAUGCAAAGGAAAAACACACAAAAACUCUAUGUAUAUUUUUUUUAAAGGCUCAGAGAUAUAUUGUGACAUGGCUGUGUACUUGAUCUUGUAUUCGUCAUGUUUCCUACCUGGAGUUUUAGAAAAUGACAUCCCUGUGAUCAGAAUAUUUUUUUUCCUUUAAUUUCUUUUUUGCUACAAAAUGUACAGUAAAAAAAACAUCCUUGGG